GCGGUAAAAUCCUUGUCAUUUCAGUUGAAUUUUCCUUGAACUUGAAUAAACUGCAGAAAGACACAGUGUAGAGGAAAGCUUUGGAAAUAACAUAAAAUGACUGAUUACCUCAAGAACGAACUUGAAAAGGCUCAACAAUGCCUCUUGGAAACUUAUGAAUUGGCUACUACAUAUGGCGACAAUGAGGAAAAAGAUACCAGCAAGUAUUUGCAACUUAUGGAACGCAUAUGCCAAAUGCGUGAUGAUUCCAUUAAAAACGAACGCGCCUUGCAAUUGGCUAUGGCAGAACGUAGCAUUCUCGAUUUCGAAUCGGCCUUUCAGCGGGAAUUAAACGGAAAUAGAAAAAGCUGCCAAGCUAUAAAAACUAGAGAAUAUAAGGUCUUUUGCGAUCGUUUAGAGGAAAUUGCUAAUGCUGGUAGUACCUCGAGUGGUGCCGGUGGAACAAGACAGUCUAACGCGUCUAAAGACGGUGGAUUGAUUGAAAUGGACAUGCACGUCAACUUAACUGAUCCCUUAACAAAAAGGCAAAUGGUGGAUCCCGUAAAGAAUACCAUCUGUGGUCAUGUCUAUGAAAAGGGCAGUAUGCAAGACGCGUUAAGAAUAAAUCCCAGGCUACGAUGUCCUGUUGCUGGCUGCGGAAAUAACCGGCCUGUUAAUGAGGCUCAUUUAAAACCGGACAACGCAUUAAAAAGGCAUCUUCAGCGUCUAGCUGAUGGCGAAGAAAACAGCGGAGACGAAAUGUAACCUUAAUGGGAGUUAGUUGAUAUCUAGCUUUUAACAUCUGAAUUCUUUUAUUUUUCACAAGUUUUUAUUCGUUAAUGUUUUCAAAUAAAGAAUGGUAUUAUAUUGUAUAA